AUGGCUAUAGCUCUAGAAGGCUACACUGGAGACAUUCAAUUUGGCUCUACGUUAGAGCUUUAUAAACAUUUGCCUCUUCUACAACCAGCACUCACUCGGAGAGUUCUGAGUGAGCCUCUGCCUGGUCCCACGGUCUUCACAGAUGCCUCUUCAUUAACUAAUAUUGCAGUAGUAGUGUGGAAAACAGAUAAUGAAUGGCAUUGCGUAAGAUUGUCUGAACCAAAUAACGGUGCUCAGGAACUCGAAGCCCUAGCGGUAGCUCAUGCCCUCACAUUAUGGCCUGAACAGCAUCUAAACAUCGUUACGGACUCCAUGUUUGUUUAUAAGCUCCUGCUCAAUAUGGUCACUCCAGGAUGGGCAGGCACUCCAAUAGCCAUCAUGUUGGAAGAUGCCUUACAAAAAAGGAGAACCACGGUAACCAUUAUCCAUGUAAAAAGUCAUGUAUCCCAUCUGGGAUACGACCAAGAAGGCAAUGAGAAGGCUGAUUCUGCUGCCAAAGGCGUAUGGACGCUAGCUCGAGCACGAGAAGUGCAUGACCACUUACAUAUCGGGGCCAAAGCAUUAGCCAAACACUGCAACAUUCCUAUUACGGCAGUGAGAGAUGUAGUAGCCACUUGCCCUCACUGUCAAUGGUCAUCUCUAUGGGGCACUGGAGUUAAUCCUCGUGGCCUCAAAGCCAACCAGUUAUGGCAGACGGACUUUACUCUUUGUCCGUUGCUCAAGCCACGACCUUGGCUCGCAGUAACAGUUGAUACCUAUAGUGGUUACAUUGUAGCAACUCAACAUAAAAGUGCUACCGCUCGUGCUGCUCAAUAUCAUUGGACGACCAUCAUUGCUUGGUUAGGUCUUCCUGUUACUAUCAAAACCGACAAUGGUUCUUGCUUUACCGCUCAAUCCACUAAAGAUUGGGCACAUAAGUGGGGCAUACAAUUAUUAUAUGGAAUCCCUUCUAAUAGCCAAGGACAAGCUAUAGUAGAGCGUGCAAAUCAAACACUGAAGACUAAGAUCCAGUGUCUUGGGGAGGGGGAAGGGUACAGUGGUACUAUCCCCAACUUCAAACAGACUGAAAUUUUAAUGCACGCACUCUAUUCUUUAAAUCAUUAUAUUCGUGGAGAUGAAACCAAAUCAACAGUAGAAAAGCAUUGGAUAGCAAAAGCCAUUGACAAUGGCCCACCUGUUUUAGUACGUUUUCCUGAGAAAGGAGUAUGGGACUCAGGUUGGCAACUGGUUACCCAAGGGAGAGGAUAUGCAGCAGUUAAGCGAAAUGAAUCUAUCAAGUGGGUACCCGCUUGAUGGGUUAAACCAGACCUCAAAAAACCCCCUUAA